AUGACAGCAAGUGCGAGCCCUUCGGUGACGCCUCCAAACCUGGCCUUAGUUCUAUCAGCCGUCACAAUAAACGGACUACUAAUUAUCUUGGGUACACUGGGUAAUCUACUGGUACUUUUGGUGAUUUUUUUCAACAUUCGACUUGCAACACCAUCUAACCUACUUCUUGGAAACCUGGCCCUAAUUGAUUUAUUAAGUCUGUUUGUCGUCUCUCCUGGUGGUAUCUAUAAAUAUAUGUGCAGGAAAGGUUUUUGUCACGUCCCAGAAACGUUUGUUGUGGCAAAUCGUGGACUUUCACAGUUUAUCGCGCCUGCUGCAGUCUCAAGUUUAUUAUCGAUCGCUGUAGACCGUAUUUUAUCCAUUAAAUAUCCAUUCAAGUACACUUCUAUGAUGACAAAACGACGUGCUGUCGUCAUUAUCUCCCUUACAUGGCUGUUAGGGGCAUUUAUAUCAGCUGUUUUUAUGGUACUAAACUUUAUAUAUAUACAGCCUGCAUACUGCACUGUCAUCAUGUUGGUGACAAUAUUUUUGUACAUUCAUAUCUUCCUGUUUGCUCUGAAAAAAGAAAGACAGAUUGCCAGCUUGCAGAUUUCAAACGUGCAAAGAAAUACAAACUUCUUACAUGAACGAAAGUCGACGAGAACAAUGGCAAUGAUUCUUGGUGUAUUUUGUGCUGCAUGGAUCCCAGCUCUUAUAUUUUACUCAGUAGUUUUUCCAAGUGAUCCACGAUACUUCGACAUACAGAACUGGAUUAACAUAAUAUACUACUUAAAUGCCUCUUUAAAUCCAUACAUCUACUGCGUACGAAGCGCUAACUUUCGGAAGACAAUGAGAAAGAUGGUGAAGGCUUGUAUGCUUCGUUACAGCUGA